UUUUAUGUUUCCUGAAUGUCAGUCCUUAAUGUUUGUUUGCUUUCCUUUUGUUUCCUUCUCAAGAAGUAUGUCCGAUUGGUGUUUCAUUACUUUAUUUUCAUUCUUUUUGCCUAUAAAAUGCUUCGCAUAAUGUAACAGCAUGGCACAAAAUUGAUGAGAGUUGAACUGUUUUCUUCUGCAGAUUCCUUGACGAAUAAUGUCCAAAAUGGACUCUGAAGAUUGGGACCGCCUAUCAAGUGACCCUGAUUUGUUAGAACAAGACUUGCAGGAUGAAGAGGAAUAUAACUACACGUCCAACUCUUCGUCCAAGUUGCAAUUCAGGAAAGUAACUUCUGUAGCUCGGUGGAGUAGCUCGGUUGGAAUGUCUGAGGUGGUGGAAAGGAAGGGUCAGUUAUGGACAACAACUGGCAUUGUCCGUAGCGGGAAGCUUUACUGCUCAAUUGAAGAGACUUUGUUCUUCAUGGAAAUAGGGGCUUUGCUUCUUUUGAGUGAGAAUGAUCAAUCCGUCUCCUUGGAAACUAUGUAUCAGCAACUAACAGAGGAGAAGGAUGGAUGCUGUUGGGAGCUUUAUGAGGUCUAUAGACACCUGAAGUCCCUUGGUUACAUUGUUGGUCGGCAUGACAUUCCUUGGUCUUUGAAGAGUGUCAAGAGAAACACUGGCACAGUUUCUUCCGAAGGUACUUCAGAAAGCCUAGAAGUGCACUCAGCUCGAGACUGCAAUUCUAUAACUGAAAGAUUUGUGAAGAUGGACUUGAAUGAACUGAAGCUGGUAUUUGAUGUUUAUUUCCCAAAUGGAAAGUUCAGAAAAUCUUCUCCUGGUGAACCAAGCUAUGUGCUUUGCUUGAUCAGAGGCCAACCACCAUCUAAAAUCGAAAUUGAAAUUCUUGAAAGACAAUGUGGAGACAUUCCACUGAAAUUUUGCCUUGUGGAGCACGGGCGUGUCAGUUUCUAUUCCUUCAGCAAAGUGGAGCUUCCUGUCCUGCCCUGAUAUGUCUGUGUGCGUGCAGCUCCAUAGAUUUAUUUCAUUGGAGUUUCUUGACGCUCUUUCAGAAUGAAGGACUUUAAAUGGAGGUGAAUGAUUGUUUCUUUUCCCUGGAGCCUAGAGUACAUUCUAUGAUUGUUCUUCUACUCAUACUUAAUAGCAUUAUUCUUCCAGAAGCCAGCGCGCAAUUUGAUGGAACAAAUUUUUAUUAUUCUGGCAGCAGGACGGCAUCUUGUCAAGAAUCCCCAAAUGAUUGAUUAUUUAGUUUGCUUCCU